AUGCAAUGUGAUGAAGGGGAAUUCUUGGAGAUCAUGUCACUCGUCGGUAUGCUGUCGAAGCCACUACAUGUCCGACGCUUACAACGAGCUUUAACAGAAUUCUCAAAAGAUCAAACCACCUUCAACUUGGCCGCCAUUCAACAUAUUGGCCCACCGCCAGUAUCACCGUACGCAUUGGGUGGUCCUGAUAUGUCAUUCCUCAUGCCUGGGUUCGCAACGACCCUUACGAGUCUGUCGUCCGCGUCCCCGGGCUUAGCAUCGACGUCAACUGAAACGACAUCACCGCAGAAUGGAAACGCCACUCACAACUCGGUACCGUUGGGUUAG